UUCUUUUUGUUGGAUAUUUUUUUGAAUGAAAAAAUCAAUUGGUUUUUGUCCCACAUCUUUUGUGAAUAAAAGUGUGUCUCAUAGAAUAGCCUAUAUAUAGAGAUUAGAGGCAUUAGUUUUAUUUACACCAAAAACAUAUUCUUAUAUAUAUUUUAUCUUCCUUUGAAGAUUAAAGAUAUAUAUAAUUUCUCAAUAUUGUUUUUCUCUUUUACUCUUUAUAGUUCUUAGAUCUGUUCUAGUGUGAUAGAGUUCGGGCAUAUUUGGUUCGGCGAAGUAAUUGAGUUACUUGUCGUUCACCGUUGUAUCCUGGGAGAUAGACGUCGAAACCUCGUAGAGCAGGACGAUCCUCGGACUAAACAUGAUUUAGCCCGAGGCUCCCACAGGCCAGAGGCUUUAUCUUCAGGACGGGCCCUUUCUAGCUCGAGGGGAGGGAGUUUGCUGCUCCUUCUUGUUGUUCCAGGAGCUGGGAACAACAUCCGACGACCACUGAAGGAUCAGCUCGGGUUAUGGAUUGCUCCGGUAGCGAGCUUCUCAGGAAGCUCUGACCCUAUGGGAGGUCAACACGCAAGAUAAACGUGCAUAAUCCUGCCAUCACGUGUCCGAUAUCCCCCUGACUUCUCGGACACGCCGCAGGAACGUGCGUAUUCAGACACCCACGGAUGGGUUGGGCCGUGCGGCCCAUUAUCUCCUUCCAUACUGAUUAGACCACACUUGUGUGUCAGGUUUAGGAAGUAAUCAUGAAUAUCACAGACUUGAUAUGACAAAUGGUAAGGUCACGGGAUGACCUCCCUACCAAUUUCCAGGUGCCUUCUCCUAUAAAUAUGGAGACCCUGGGAAUUGAUAGAGGUUGGAAAAAAUAGUCUUGUAAGAACUAUAUAUUUUGUAAACCAAUUACCCAGAAAAGAUCAAUAAUAUUGACUAGUGGAGUAGAAGGAUUUUAACCUUCGAACCACUUAAAAAACGUGUUUAGGGUCACCUAGUUCUUCUCACAAAGAUUUCAUAUCUGCGGCGGUUCUACUUUUAAGUACUAAUCUCUUUCUCUUCUUCUCUUAAUUACCUGUUGCCGAAGAACCGCGCCAACAGUUUGGUGCUUUCAUUGAGAGCAAGUCCAAUUAGUACUACCACAAACAUACAACUAUGGUGACCACUCGAUCCAAACAUGGCAACGAGACAGAACAGCAUGAUGGGCAGGAGGCCCGCCAUGUUGCCCUCCCCGAGGAGCAAGUUCCUGAAGUCCAGCAAAGGCCAGGAAAGCAGCCGGCCGGCCAAGACGACACUGGUAGUUCGACGCCCCGGCCGCCUAAUCCGAAUCCAGGUUAUUAUACUGCGGUGGAGAUGGAGAAUGCUCAACUGAGGAGCCAGCUAGCAGCAGCUGGUCAGCAAAUCCAGGAUAUUCUGAGUCGACUACCCCCUCUCACAACCAACGGUAACGUUGGAGAGAGGCAAGGCGAGGCUCCUAAGUCUCGCCGGAGUAAUCGAUCCAGGUAUAGCCGUUCGGGUAGACUCCCUGCAGCCAACUCCACCCCUUCAUCACGCCAUCAAGAGGCGAACUUCAGGGAAAUGCCUCAGACCGAACCGCAGCGAUACAGCCGUUCGGUUAGGACAUCAACCCCUAGCUCUCAGCCUUCCUCGAGGACACCCGGAAGAGAUAGGGGAAAUUCCCAAAGGAGGGCCGAGGAGAUCCGGAGACGUCAGCCCGUCCCCGAAGAGCGUCUAGUUCCUCGCCCAGAUCGCCCAGCGCGAAACCAUCAAGUUGGCAGGGCCGAGAGGCCCCCACCAAAUUUAGUCCGUCCAGACGGCACUAGGAUCGCCUCUCCGGUCAGGCAUCCUCCUUCUCCCAUCAGAUACCCGUCUCCUCAAACCAUCCGAGACAUCCCAGCCUACAUAAAUAGUAGGAGAGACCCGCCAUCGGCCGGGCCUUCCCGGCGCAGCAGGGUGCCGGGAGAAGGAUCAGGUCGGAGCCGCCAAAGACGCACAUCGAGCCUGUCCAGCAGGAGUCACAGGACCGGUAGUGCACGGAGUGAUCUUUCAGGAGGAGACCUGCGACAGCGACUAAGUUCAGCACAAAGUCACCAUAAUACCCAUGGAGGCGACCUUCGAGAUCGCCUCAACUCUCACAGAGAGGAUCGAGUUAGGGAUGGUAGCCAGGCCCGCUCAGUUGGGGUCCGAUCCGAAGUACGUAAUGGCGGGAAUGCCCCAAAUGACCUAUCUCCAGAUAGGAGGGGCAAUAACCCGCCUAAUAUGUACAACGGGUCCGGAGCUGUUGAACAGCCCCGGAAUAACCCAGGAUCUCAGGACAAAACCUUAGAGCGCUUAGCUCAAAUGGAGGAGCUGAUGAAGAAGCUCCUGUCAGAGAAAGAAAAAGACGAAUAUGAUUCAGGGGAUGAGAUGGAGCUCUUCGCCCCCAACAUAGCAGCAACGGCAUACCCUUCUGGCUUUCGUAUGCCUCACUUGUCAAAGUUCAACGGGGAUGGAGACCCAUCUGACCACUUAGGGAUGUUCAACACCCUAAUGAUGGCUCAUAACAUCGGGCCAGAGCUUCGUUGCUUGAUCUUUCCUUCCACCCUAACUGGACCUGCCAGGCAGUGGUUCAAACAAAGUAAAAGGCAGUCAAUCAGCUCCUGGAAGACCUUUUCGGCUGACUUCAAGAGGGCAUUCCGCGCCUCUGAGGCCGCCAGGGUCCAGGCCGACUCCCUAGCUAACGUGAGACAGCAACCUGGAGAAACGCUAAAAGCCUACUUGAGCAGAUUUGCAAAUGUCGCUGCUCGAGCCAGAGAUGCCGACGACAGCUCCAAACUCAUGGCUAUGAGGACCGGGAUCCUAGUAGGCGGAGAUCUGUGGAAGGAUAUUCAAAGGAGGGGGGUCAGCUCAGUUAGUGAAUUCCUUAACAGAGCCCAAGAAUGGAUAAACUUGGAGGAAGCUGAAGCUUCAGCCGCGGGGACCAGCCAGGUCCUCGAGAAGCCCGCUGGGGCGGGAACAGAGAUCGUAGUAGCGACAAGUGCCUGCCUUUCUACAACCUGCUCCGCGGAAACAAGAAGUUCGAAUGGACAGAAGAGUGCGAGGGCGCAUUCCUCGACCUAA